AUGUGCGCCCGCGCUACAAAAAACAAGAGGAACGAAGGAAUCAUGCGGAUUUUAAUAUCACUUGCGAUAUUGGUGGGAGUGGCAUGGUGUUUCGAAGAGGAUAAUUGGCAACCCAUUGUACCAGGACCACACGUUUACGCAAGCCUGACGCCAAAUGACAGAUCUAUUGAGCCAAGCCCUCAGUUGAAAAUUGUGAACAGAAGACCGAUUUUCAGCAACGUGCAAUCGUUCGAAACAAACAAAGUGUCGAGCCCUUACAACGUAGCUCCUACAAACGAUGCCGAUACCUGCAGCGUCUACAAGGUGUCCAUGAAUCAGGAACUGUUCUACCAGUACCUGGAAUACGACACAGUGCUUCCUGAUCUUAAGGAGUUCACACUGUGCAUGUGGGCCAAGUUCCACAACCAUUCAUCCGACCAUCCUUUAUUUUCGUAUGCAGUCGAAGGUAAUCCCAAAGAGAUUUCUGCCUGGAUCUCAAACACUGCAGAGGCAAGCUACUUUAGCAUGGCUGUACAUGGCCAAACAUUUUUCCGGCUCAACUACCCCAUAAAGUUAAACACAUGGUACCAUAGCUGUCAGUCAUGGAACGGCAGAACUGGAGAGUGGCAAAUAUGGAUUAACACAGAGAGAGUCGGUAGAGGAUUCCAUAACAGGCUUGUGGGACACAUUAUUAAAGGUGGAGGCAAAGUUAUAAGUGGACAAGAACAAUCACUGCUCUAUAAAAAUGAUGGUUUGGAAUCGGUAAAGAGUCAAUCUGGCUUAGUCGGAGAAAUAACGAUGCUACAGCUAUAUCAUGUUGCAUUGACAGCUGGAAAAGCACACAGAGACCACAAGCACCAUCACGCCCAUCGCUUUACCCACGAUGGGUCCAUCAUAGAAACAUCUUCAGAGUUUGCCACUGAACCUCCACCACCAGAACCUACUCCAAUAGGCAAUGGCCAUUUCUUAAUUGGUGGACAGUUGCAGAAACCUUCCCACAUCAAUGUUGCAAUGCCACCUCAAUCAAAUAUGUUAACAGCACAGAUUCCAAACCAGCUCCAAAUUCAACAAGAUUUAGUUAACAAAUAUCAGUUAGUAAAUGGUGUAACCCAAAUUCCUUUAAACUAUAUCGGAAACCGACCGCAGAAUUUACCCCCCAGUGGUCUACAUCUUAAUAUACAAAGAUAUCCUAAUAGACCAUUUGGUCAAGUUAAAGGAACGAGUGUUUCAUUAUCAGGUUCACUACUGAAUCCCGCUAAUGUUCAAUAUAUUGACGAUACAGCUUCCCGUAACUUAUUUAAAAGAAAUUCAAACAAACGUGAUAAAAGAGAUAAUCCUGAAAAAGAACUAGCAGAGGAAAUUAAUUCAGGCAAAAAAGAUAAACGCGGGCUAGUAGCACUAUCCGAUGGAUCGAUAAUAGAUGAAGCUUUGCUGAGCCCUGAUCUCAUCGACGAUAAUAAAGAUGAUGAACUUCUAUUCCAACAGUCGCUCUUAAGCGGUUUAGCGGGUGUUGUUGGAAAUUUGCCAGUGCAAAAUCUCCAAAAGAUGACCGUGGAUGAGAGAGAGCCAGCUGAAGCAGAAGUCAAAGCAGUCAUGAAAGUCUGUAGUGGGUGCACACCGGAACCAUUCAAAAAGGUUCUCGUGCUUUCGUGGAGGUCGACACCCAAGAAAUUAUACAGCGGAGCGCAUUAUUACAAAGGACUACCUAUAUGUAGGGCGUUCUAA